ACGUCAGUGAGGUUCGUUCAUUAGAAAUGGCAUCGUCCACGGUAGCAGCCGCCACAAUAAGAGCUGUGAAAGGAAGAAAGAUUCUUGCAACUCGCGCUGCACUUACUCUGACACCCAAUGCUAUCAAUAAGAUUAAAGAGAUUUUAAAAGACAAAAGUGAAUUUAUUGGUCUUAAGGUUGGAGUACGGCAACGAGGAUGUAAUGGUUUAAGCUACACUUUGGACUAUGCAAAAGAAAAAUCCAAACUUGACGAGGAAGUAAUUCAAGAUGGUGUUCGUAUAUUUAUCGAUAGAAAGGCACAGCUGUCUCUUCUUGGAACAGAAAUGGAUUACAUCGAGAACAAAUUAAGCUCUGAGUUUGUAUUCAAUAAUCCCAAUAUUAAAGGGACAUGUGGAUGUGGUGAAAGUUUCUCAGUGUAGUGAAAUUUAUUAUCAUAGUUGAUAUAUAUAAUCUAUAUAGUUAAAUUAUGAACUUUAAAAUAUCUUGUAAUAUAUGAUGUUAUAACUUCAAUAUCGUUCCUCAAAAGAGGACGUUUUGACAAUGCAAAACAGGAAUAUGUAACAAUUGUUAUAAGUUAUUUUAUCAUUUAUUGCAAAUUUUGUAUAUAUGCCACCCAUACUUACCAUCCACACUUCUCACCUUCAUACAUAGCUGAAAAUAUAUAUUUAAUUAUAUACAUGUUUUUAUUCCUAAUCUUUAGGAUUAUAAUAACAUGAUUAAACUAUUAUUUUUUUAAUCUA